AUGGUUAGAGAAGCUUGUCUGAGCCGAAGGCUGUCACCUAUAGUGGUUGCCGUUGCAAGUUUACUCACUGCUGGUCUUAUUUCUUGCUUUCACGAUCAUUUCUGCUACAUUUUCACCUGUCUGACACAUCACAAUAGACUCUGUUAUUGUGAUGGCUGGAAUGUUAGUCUUGAAACGAAAGAGAAAGCGUUACAAGAUCAGAAAGACUUGUGUGGAUAUUGUAGAGGCUACGAAUCAGUGGAUCGAGUCAGUGACGUUUCAUGUGAGGAGUUCAUGCAGGUGUAUGGUCUGACUGGAAGACCCGUCAUUGUCACCGAUGCUAUGAAAGACUGGAACGUUUCGGCACUUGUAGAAGGACUGCAGAACAUGAGUCUGCAAACGUACAGAAACCUCUACAAAGAAGCUGUAGACUUGGGCACAAUAGACGAAGUAUUUGGGUCAUUUUUUGACAUUCUUUCUUCUCCAGCUGACGCUAGCCCUGACAGAGAACGGUACUCAACACCAGAGAAGUUCUUCACAACAGCUGACGAUGUGAUAAUGAAUGACACGUGGUAUAUUAACUGGAUAACAAAUGAAAAGGCUAUCUAUGAUUAUCUGAAUCAGGCAGUAAAAGAUCCAUACUUUUUUGCUCCCUGGUCAACGCAUGCUUCGACGUAUUAUUUUUUUAUUGGUCGUCUGGCCGAAGAUAUGCGUUUACAUGGUCGCCGUCGUCAUGUGGACAGCAUGAAAACGUCGGGCACGUGGCAUGGUCAGUUACUUGGAGAAAAGGAGUGGCAACUUUGGCCUGCUCGUGAGUGUCAAAACAUCUGCCCUCUAAAGCUGACGAUCAACGUUCAUAAGGGAGAAAUGAUAUUUUUUAAUGCUGAUCUCUGGGAACAUGAAACGUCUCUGCCAGCACGGUCUACCGAGCAUCAGUUUAGUUUUUCUAUUGCCAAAGACUAUUUUUUGUCAAUUCGUUCUUUGCUGAGAUGCCUCCCUGGAGAUCCAUUCGAGAAAUGGCUGGUUCCGUGGCAUUACACAUUUCAUACGUCCACGUCUGUAGAAAACGAUUGACUCUCAUAUUGAUUUUUCUGUAUUGCUUUUCGAGAUGCUUUGUCGAUAUUGACAAAAUAGGUAUACUUAACUAAAUACGAUGAAAAUUAACUUUUAAAAUACCAAAUCAUUAUCUAUUUGCACGAUAUGCAACUGCAUUGUCGCAUCAUUCUUUUCUCGGCUGUGUAUAUUUUACUUCAGAGUAUUUCGAACAGCUGAAACAAAUGCUAACGCUAUUUCAUGAC